UCGUGGCCCACUUCCGGCUGGUCUUGUCUCUGUCUCACUUGCUUGCUUUCGGGUGGGUUUUCGCUGCGCGGCUGCCUCGUCGGCCGAGGAGUGCUUCCCUCUUCUUGCCGUCGGGUUGUGGCGACCCGACGGGGCACGCGGAUGGCCACGUGGCGCCGGGGAGGCGGCCCCCGCGCGCGCAGCCUGGGAGCCCGGCGCCCUCCGCUGCUCCCGCCGGCACCCGACUCCCCUCUGGGCGAGCGUGGCUUUCGAGGACAUGUGGUCCGGGCCCAGUGCUUUCGGUUUUCGGAGGAGCCGGGCCCGGGAGCCGAGGGGGCCGUGCUGGAGGUCCACGUCCCGCAGGUCCUGCAUCUCCAAUAUGGAAUGUAUGUUUGGCCCUGUGCUGUGGUCCUAGCCCAGUACCUGUGGUUUCACAGAAGAUCUCUGCCAGGCAAGGCUGUCUUAGAGAUUGGAGGGGGAGUGAGCCUUCCAGGAAUUAUGGCUGCAAAAUGUGGUGCUGAAGUAAUACUGUCAGACAGUUCAGAGCUGCCUCACUGUCUAGAAGUCUGUUGGCAAAGCUGCCAAAUGAAUAACCUGCCACAGGUGCGCAUCAUAGGACUAACGUGGGGUCACAUGUCUCAAGAGCUCCUGGCUCUGCCACCACAAGAUAUCCUCCUUGCAUCUGAUGUCUUCUUUGAACCAGAAGACUUUGAAGACAUUUUAACUACGGUAUACUUUUUGAUGCAGAAGAACCCCAAGGUCCAGUUAUGGUCUACUUACCAGGUCAGAAGUGCUGACUGGUCACUUGAAGCUUUGCUCUACAAGUGGGAUAUGAAAUGUGUCCACAUCCCUCUGGAGUCUUUUGAUGCAGACAAAGAAAACAUAGCAGAGUCUGCCCUCCCAGGAAGACAUACGGUUGAAAUGCUGGUCAUCUCCUUUGCAAAGGACAGUCUCUGAUUACAUGUACAAGCUGUUUUAGGACAAUAUGUCAAUACUGAAUAGCAACCUGGUAUGCCAACUAGGACUCAGACCACUUCAGCUUCUUGAGAGCACAAGCAGAACCAUCUGAAGACGGUCAGAUCUGUUGGCCUGAGAUUAUGGAAGGUCACCUAGAUAGCACUCGUGGGUUACAUAGCCAUGAAAACAAAAAUUAAAACAUCUCUAAGAAAAAGGA